AUGGCCUCGGCGGGCGCGCGGCGGCUCCCAGCCGGGACGCGCGCGGCGGCCCAGCGUUGCUGCGGCUUCGCGCUCCGCCCGGGCGCGCGCCCGGCUCCGCCCCCAGGCCCUCCGCGACCGCCGCGACCAAUGAGAUUUCUGAUGUCCUGCAGCCUUUUCUUGCCCCGGGUUGCCCAGGUCUUGGUGGCUGAGGUUGGCUUACCUCCUACGCGUUCCUUCAUGGGCUUUGCUGCCCCCUUCACCAACAAGCGAAAAGCUUACUCUGAGCGUAGGAUCAUGGGGUACUCAAUGCAGGAGAUGUACGAAGUGGUGUCCAAUGUCCAGGAGUAUCGUGAGUUUGUGCCCUGGUGUAAGAAGUCCUUGGUGGUAUCCAGCCGCAAAGGUCACCUGAAGGCCCAGUUAGAGGUUGGCUUUCCACCUAUUGUGGAACGUUAUACCUCUGCUGUUUCCAUGGUCAAACCUCACAUGGUCAAGGCUGUUUGCACUGAUGGUAAGCUCUUCAACCACUUAGAGACCAUUUGGCGAUUCAGCCCUGGUAUUCCUGCCUACCCCCGAACUUGCACUGUGGACUUUUCGAUUUCCUUUGAAUUUCGUUCUCUGCUGCACUCCCAGCUGGCCACCAUGUUUUUUGAUGAGGUUGUCAAGCAGAAUGUCGCUGCCUUUGAGCGUCGAGCAGCUACCAAGUUUGGUCCAGAAACAGCCAUCCCCCGUGAACUGAUGUUCCAUGAGGUGCACCAGACUUGAGGCAGGACUGUUCCCUGGCCUCUCCUCUACUCUCCCUCCCAACCCAGUUCUCUUAUUUAUUUCAUUUGGCUCCUGCUCCAAUCUAAGAGUCUGUGUUCAUAAUGACGUUCUCCCUCUCACUGCCCCAGAAAUUGGGUUACAAGCUGGCUGGAAAUGCUGGGGUGGAAAGCCAGGAGGUUAUGGAAAGGCUAGGAAAUGGUCAGGCUCAUCUUGAGAGUCCCACGUGCCUGAUGUCUGCAGCCUUCUUACAGUGAGUUAUAAUCAGGACUGUUGGUGGUCUUUGGAUCCUGUCAAGGUUCCUUAGUGUCUGACCCGGGGAAGAUAGCAACUUUUCUAGGGACUGAAUAAGCUGAGCUUUUUCCUCUCACAGGGGUAUUGGACGGUAGAUAACUGUUGCCUGCCUGAGAUGCCUCAGGAAAUGCCUGAGAUCUGGCCCCAGCUUGAAAUCCUUAUGACCUCACUUUAAGAAUAUUUCCAUGCUGCCUGGUUAGUGGAUAGCAAGGAGCUGUCUUAACAUCAGCGGCACAGGGGCAAGGAGAAAUAAAGCACUGAAGAGAAUUGUACUCUUGGGUUGUACCUUUCUCUUCUACUUGGCUGAGUUUUUAUAAAAUUUCAAUAAAUUAAUUGUGACAGUG